GCGAUAGAGAUAUUCAUAGCAUAGGGUUAGUGAGAAACCAUAAGCCUCGAGAAACAGCAAGCCAAAUCAGGUGCCCUCACGAAAAUGGCGACUUCCCUCAUUGCGAAAAGAGCCACCACUUCCAUAGGAAGAGCUUCUGACCUCUUCAGAACAUCAUUCGCCUUCCUGCGCGGUCUUAGCACCUCCACCACCACCUCCCCCGCCGACGUGGCGGCGGCCGACGGAGCAAAGAAGCCGAAGCGGAAGAAGAAGAAGAAUCUCUUCGAGGUGGCCCAGUUUCUUCCCAACUGGGGCCUUGGCUAUCACAUGGCCAAAACUCACUGGGCCGAGGUCUCCUACGAGAUCACCAAAAUCAAUCUCUACAAAGAUGGAAGACAUGGGAAAGCUUGGGGGAUUGCUCACAAAAAUGAUAAAGCUCUCAUUUUCCUCCGGGAGAUGUACGAAAUUAAUCUUAGAGGGAACUUACGCUUCUGUGAGGAUCAAUUCUGCAACACAAAGGUUCAAUACCUAAAAGACUCUAGGGUGGUCUUUGAAUCGAGGGGUUUGAUAUGAAUUAAAUGGAUUUGAAAUCCAUUAGAUUGAGAUUGGAUUUCAAACUGAGCAGUAUAGUUUCCCCAAAUUUUGAAAAAUAUCAUGUCCAUGUGCAUUUUUUUAGUGUCUGAUUUUAUUUAAUUUUUUGGAGUUAGGUGUUCAGCUCCGACCAUGGAAAUGAGGGUGAGAGUUUGAAAAUUCAUCUCUUAAAUCCUUCGCUGCAAAAAAUUGCAAUGGAUCAAGAAAUCUUGUUGGAUGGGUCAUGGCCAUUAUCUGAACACUUAAAACACUGUUAAAAUUACAAAUAUGGUAUCAGUAUGUGCUUGAAUCCAGACGUUUGACCCAUCCGACAGGUUGAGCUUACAGCCUUACACAAGUUUUUUUGACAAUGGAUCUGCUACCUUGAACCUCAAAUCCAUCCUCAUAUAGUCAUAUCCUUUAAUUCAAAGCGGACAUUAACCAGAUCUAGGCCUCACAUAAAGAAACAUACUUCAAGAGGAUUUAUUUUUGCUAGCUCUGUAGCUUUAGAUUCAGUAUGAUUAAAAUAAUUGCUUUAGGCUGUCGUAAUGGUGUCCUGAAUUGCCAGUCUGCGAGGCAUCGCACCUAAUUCUUUAUACCAUGAAGUUAACAGAAACUCACUAAAUUGUUGGUGUGAUUUUAAGGUGCUUGUGCUGUGACUUUCUUUGGCCUUCAACAAGGUGGAUGUUUAAGCACUCCAUUUUUUUUGCUGUUUAAGCAUGUUUUUCUAGAUUCUCUAAUGGAAGAUGUUAAUAAUUAUGAUAUGCUUAUAUUCACUGUUAGUUUGCUGCAAAGCAUGCGUCUAGAGCAAAUUGAAUAAUCUUUGAGCAAUUGCUUUGGGCUGUGCUACUUACACUGUUUGCCAGCCUGUAUUUUAAACUCACAAUCUCGACCCUGGCGAAAUCUAGUCUCCGAAGGUGUCUGUAAAUACUUGUCAGACACCGGGCUGAAAGCACCAACCUUUCAAGCAUGGACAGGGCAGCUUCUCAACGGGCAUUAGAUUGGCUUAACUCUUAAGGCAUUAAUAUGACUUUUCCAGUAAUGUGUGUGCCGUGGUACUUAUUUAGUACUCCAGUGUGAUGCAAUUCCUCUUCAUGUUUCUUUAAUUGCCCAAUGCUGCAGUAACACGGUUCUUACAUAGAAUGAAAAACUGCAUGUUAACAACAGUAAUCACCCACCACUUCUAUGUUACAAGAAAACAUUUGAUUGGUUUUCUUAUGGAUGAAAUGCCAAUGAUGGGUUAAGAUUAAAUUGGUUUGACUA